UUGGUUUGAGCGCAGAGCAUGUGACAUAAGCCAACCCGAUGAUUGGAGAACUUUAUAUGAGAUAGAUUAUAAGCCUCAUGUUAAUAAAACUUGGGAAAUAAACCAAAUUGCAAAGUGGGAAAAUAAACUUAUUCAGGAGGUAUAUAAAUAUAUAUAUAUAUAUAAAAUAUAAUCCAAAGUAAAUUAUAAAAGACAAAUGAUACAUGAUGUAAUUUUUAAGUGACUUUUAAUUUUUACAAUAAUAUUUUGAAAUACAAUUUCAUUGUAAGGGUUUACCUCAAGAACAAUUUUUUGAUCAUAAAAAGGAAUAUUGUAGUAAUAUGACAACAACUUAUGAUUUGUGUUAUAAUAUUUUACCAAAAAGUUUUAAGGGACCAAAAAUUAGAUCUUAUAAUGCAAGACAGAGGAAAUGGGUCCCUGAACAGGAUUUGACGAAAAGUUUUGGUACAUUAACUCAAUUUGGCUUAAGAGAAGCAUUAAAAGACGAGUUGUACAAAAAUUCACAAGAAGGAAUUGCCAAAUGUCAAUGGUGGUCUACUUAUAGGGAAGAAAUUGGGGAGUUAAAGCUAUUAAAUAUUGAACAAGAUACUCAAUUUCACAGACGAAAAGUGAAUUUUAAUGUGCCAGAUCUUAGACAUUUUGAGCGUAAAUUAUCAGAUUCUGAACAGCGUUUACAUUCAUUGAAAGUUAAAAAUUCAGUGUCACAUGCAAAUUGAGAAUAUGAUAAUAUAAAA